GACCUGUUUUCUGCAGACAUUACCUUGUCCUUAAGCGAAGCAAACAUUCUUUGCGUCGAGUUCUAUCAUUCUCUCAAGCUCAGUCUUUUGCCAAUCUCUUAUAACUAAACUGUUGUUUUUUCUUCAAAACAGAUUUAAGUGAAGAUUAUAUAUAUAUAUAUAUUUUUUUUUGAAACUGUUAAUAACAAAGAAACGAAAUGCGUUUGUUAUUUCUCAUUCUACCGUUGGUAACAGCGAUUCCAUUAAAAACUGCCCAAGAGAAAUAUGAUUUGUCAAUAGAAAAUGGUAAAUUAAAAUCAGUUAAAUUUAUCGAACCCAGCGAUAUUCUCGAUUUGUCGAGUCUUGGAUUAAAAGAAAUCGAUAGAAAUGCAUUCGAACACGUUUCCAACGUAAGAAUAUUAAACCUUUCUGACAAUGCUUUGACCAAUUUACCAGACGGCAUUUUUUCCAAUUUGAACAAAUUAGAAAAAUUGUCAUUGGCUAAUAACAAAAUCGACAAUCUCAACACGCUAUUCGUUGGAUUAGAAAAUCUCAACGAAUUGGAUAUCUCGAACAAUCCUAUUGACCAAUUAAAACGUGGCAAUUUUUACGGUUUGAACAAAAAUACCGAUAUAAUAAUAUCCAAUAACGUAUUGUCUAGCAUCAGUACCGAUCUUUUCGCUAAUUUGUUAAUCAACGAUAGAAAUAAUGAUAAUAAACAAAUGAAUAAUGAAAAUCAAAGUACAGAAAGUAAGAUUGAAACGAUCGAAAGAAAAAUACGUGAUCUUGAAAUGAAACAGGAAAAAGAAAUUUAUCGUAGGUUUAAAAGAGAUAACAACGGUCAACUCGAGGAAAAUCCCAGGGUUAUACUGUGCAUGACGAAUGACGUUGUAACAUUGGUAAACAGUUUAAACGAUAAGGAAACUUUACCGAGACAAUGUCAAGAUGUUACGUUAAAUCGACAUACCGGUGAAUUAGAUCUUAGUAAUAAGAAUAUUGGAUCAUUUGAAAAUGGAUGGUAUCAAGUUAAAUUGCCAAUAAGUUCGAUCGAUUUAUCCGACAAUCAUAUUAACGAAAUAACUAAAGAAUUGUUAAACGAUUUACCAGCCAGCGUAAAAAUCGUUAAUUUUGCUAGCAAUGAAAUUAGUCAUUUAAAAAAGGACGUUAUUGUUAAUCCCCAUCUGAAAAAACUUAACUUCAAGGCCAAUGUUAUCACAAAUAUCGAUAGUAAUGCAUUCGAUAAAACUGAUCUAUUUAGUUUAUUUUUAGCCGAUAAUCAAUUGACCAAUUUAGAUUUUGUACAAACGUUGCCGUCGAAUUUGAGUCAACUUAUUUUGACCAGUAAUCAAAUAGCUUCUAUAGAACCUGGUACCUUUUCUUCUUCACCGAAACAUUUGUCUUAUCUCAAUAUGGGAAAUAAUAAACUCACUAAAUUGCGAGAUAAUACAUUCCAAGGUCAAGAAAAUUUACCGGUAUUGAUAUUGACGAGAAAUCACAUUAGCGAGAUCGAACCUAAAGCAUUUUCCGAUUUGAAAAACUUGAAGAUACUUUAUCUUUAUCAAAAUAAUAUCAACCAAUUACCCAGAAAUUUGUUUACUCAUCUUAACGUUCUUCGUGAAUUGAAUCUCAUGGGAAAUAAAUUUACCACCAUAUCCGAGAAUAAUUUUCCCAUUUUACCAACUUCAAUGGCAACCUUACAUCUUGAUCAGAAUCAAAUUCAAAGUUUGGAAAAGGAUAGUUUCGUUGAUUCACCUAAACACACGUUAUAUUUAAAUCACAAUCAAAUAUCUUAUAUAGCACCAGGUGCUUUUCUAUAUUCAGAUCUUCUUAAUUUGUAUAUGAAUAAUAAUUCACUUACCACCAUCAAUGGUGACAGUUUCCAAGGUUUAUCCAACUUACUACAACUUGUCCUUUCUAAUAAUAAAAUUGACAACAUCGAAAAAGGUUCUUGCAAACAUUUGGCCAGUUUAUUUAACUUAGACGUUUCUAAUAAUCCUUUUCAAAUACUCAAGAAUGGUGCAUUUUAUGGUUUAACCAUUGGCGAAGGACGAUUAGUAGACGUUAAAAAUAAUCAAUUACAUUCUAUGAAAGCUGGUAUAUUCGAAAAUGUUUAAAAUUUCUAAAUCUUUCUGAUUGAUAAAUCGUAAAUAAUGUUAUUUUUGAUUACUGACAAUUUAAAUAUGUGCCUUAUAAGAUUAAGUGUGAUAUAUAUAUAUAUUAGUAGUUGAUAAAACUUUAUGUGUGCAUUUA